AUGGCGAGCGACGUGUCCGUUAACGGGACGGUGGUGGUACUCGUUACAAACAUCGGGUACGCGGACUUUCUGCUCAACUGGGCCGUGUACGCGGACGACCUGGGGUACGGGCGGCGCUUCCUCGUGUUCGCGGAAGACAGCGAGAGCUUCCAACUGCUGACAACGAAGUUUCCGAGACAGGUGCUGCGGUGGCACGUUCCCGAGAUUGAGCAGGCAGGCGCUGCGGAAUUGAGUGCCGCGGGAUUAGGCGAUGGGGGAGGGGAGGGCGCGCACCAGGGGGAGGGAGAAGUUAGCGCUGAGGGACUGGCGGACGGUAAAGCGCAAGGAGGCUCAAGGCGAUUGCUGGCGGACAGUGGGGGAAGCGAGGGUACUGUGAGCAGCACUGGUGGCAGCAGCACCAACAGCAGAACAGGCAACGGCAGCGGAAGCAGCAGCAGUCUGGCCUUUGCUUCCGCUGGAUUCAAGCAGAUGAUGUACCGCCGGGUCGCGUACAUCCGCACGCUCCUCCACAUGGGCUUUAACGUCCUAAUUUGCGACUCGGACUUUAUCUGGGUUAAGGACCCUUUGCCCUUGGUCCAUGCUAUCCCUUCCCCGCAAGCAAUCCACGACAGCCGAAGCGACGGAGACGCUUUCCCCGUGAGAGGAUACGACGUAGUAGGCGUGAGAGAGCUGCCGGAUUCCGCCAAUUUCAACGCCACGGGCACGUAUCCCAUGGCGCGAGCGUCAGCGAAUGUGCAGACCGCGAAGCUAGGGGAUAGUAACAUGCCGCCUGGGACUCGGGAGGAGCCGUGGUGGCAAUUGGAAGAGGAGGAAAAGGCGAGAGUGGUGACUGUGCAUAACAACUGGCUGAUGGGGAAGAGUAAGAAGUUGGCACGGUUCAAGAAGAAUAAGCUGUGGAAACUCGAGCAGGUGUAA